CGUGCGUCGCAGUCUCUCCCCGUGUGCGUACUCGUGCACAUAGACUUGGCCGCGACACGCGAACCCCAAUACUGUGUAAUUUGCACGCCGCCUUCCACCAGAGACACUUGGGUGAAUUGUACCUUUCACGGAUUGAAGAUACAUGUUCCGUUUUCAGUCCCUUGAUGAAGAUUGUACCCUGGAGAAGGAGGAGGGGCUGGUAGAAGAAGAAGAUGAGAUUGACCAGUUUAAUGACGACACCUUCGGAGAUGGGGCCAUCGACGAUGACUGGCAGGAGGAGCACAAGCGGCUAGCCGAGCUCGAAGAACAAAAGAACGAUGGACUCGGAAGUUUAGGGCUAGGGACACUAGGGAUGGGAGGAGGAAACGCCUCCACUGUUCACCUUCCUCCUCCCGCCAGUCGCGUCCCCCAUCCGUCUUCCCUCCCACCACCACAUCACUCCCUCUCUUCGAUGCCCCCUCCGGGCCUGGAGGAGAGGGGGGGAGGCGACCUAGCCGAGUCCCUAGCCAUGUUGAUUCUCGGGGCGGACCCGGCCAUCGCCAGUGUGGGGGGUCCAGCCGGGCCUGAUGACCGGUCCACUGGUCUCCCUCCUCCCCCUUCCAUUCCCCAGCAGCAUCACAACCCCUCCCAGCUCCCUCCCCACCACCAGCUGACCCCGUCUGGGCUAUCCCCCGGCCCACCGCACCUCUCCCUGCUUAGCUACCAGCAGCAUCAGCACCUUUUACGACGAGGGGCGGCCCCCAUGCAACAGAUGAACUCUCACAAUAUCUGGGAGAACAACUUGGGAUUCGGGCCUGUGAGCAUCACCCCUGGACUAAUCACUCAAAUGGAGGACAGUCCACUUAUGUCUAUCAUCAAAGAAGUGGGGCUGCCCAAUCGGCCUCCGCCAAUGACGAGCGAGGAUGGGCGGGACUUGUCGGAAAGGGCCCCCCCGCCUCGCUCGUCCUCUCCCGUGAUUGGUAGCCCACCAGUGAGGGCUGUGCCUAUCGGGACUCCGCCCAAGCAGCCGAUGAGUCAUGCUAUGAAUCAUCAUCAUCAUCAUCAGCAGCAGAUCCACCACCCCACCGCCGUUCAUGUGCGAGCCCCGGUCCACCACCAACACCGCUACCCCCCUUCCUUCCCUGAGCGCAUCUCUCCCAACACCCUCUUAAACAUCGCUAACUCUCCUCUGUGUCGUCCUCCGUUCCCGGCCGGCGUGGGCCCCGUUCUGUCCCAGAUCCAACGCGCCCAGAUGCUCAACUCUCAGGUUGCUGGCUUCCCCAGGGGCUGUCAGGGUCCCCCGUUGCUGCCUGGUGGCGGAGGCUUCAGACCCUUCUUCGGCCAGCCCCCUCCCCACAGGAUGGGUCCCCACCCCGGCGGGCCCCCCCCUCCCAACCACAACCACGUCCCUUGUCCCAUCAUCCGGCACAACACCACGCACCUGCACCCCCAGCACCGCCGCAUGCUCACCCAGAGGAUGCAGAGUAGAGGAGGUGAGCGUGGCGGGCGUGUUGGGGACUGGCGGAGCAGGGACCCCUACAGUAACUUGAUGAGCCAGAGGGAGAAGGAGUGGGUGGCCAAGAUCCAGAUGAUGCAGCUGCAGAGCACUGAUCCCUACCUGGAUGACUACUACUACCAGAAUUACUUUGAGAAGUUGGAGAAGAGGCAGGAGCGAGACAGAGACGGUGUGAGGAAGGAGCACACCACCAAACUCAUCACCCCCCAGGUGGCCAAGCUGGAACACACCUACAGACCAGUGCAGUUUGCAGGCUCGCUGGGUAAGCUAACUGUGUCCAGCGUCAACAACCCCAGGAAGAUGAUCGACACGGUGGUGACUAGUCGCACUGAUGACGAGGAGAAGCGAGAGAAACAGGUGUGGAAUAAGAGACGGCAGAUCCUCUACACUGUGGAGAAGAUGUACAGCCUGCUGCUGGAGGUGCAGGACUUUGAGAAGCGCUUCAUGCAGACGCCGGAGGAGCAGAGGGAGGCCCUGCUGGAGCAGCACAAAACCCACACGCAGCAGCUCUACAGCUCCCUCAAGGAGAAGGAGUGGGAUGACAGAGUGAGUGACGAGCAGUGUCUGUUGAUCAUGUCGGUGCGUAAGGGAAAGCGCCUCAUCUCCAGGCUCAUCCCUUUCCUGCCUCCACUGCAGGCCGCCACCAUUGUCAUGGGGAUUGCCCGGAACCUGCCAGCCCUGGCCAAGAAAGACAAACAGGACCAGGUGCUGUGCUGGUUGGUGGAGCCAAUUGCCGUAGUGAUCUCAUCCCUAUCUAGCGCCUCCCUCACAGAUUUGCUGCAGGAGCUGCAAGGCAGCGAGGGUCAACUGUCCAGAGUGUUACAAAAUAAGUUUGGUGUGACACUGCUUUACCUGAUCCUGAGUGAAGGAGAGCGAAUGCAGAGCUCCAACCCCACCUGUCAACUCAUGGAUGACAAUCGAUGGACAGAGUUGGUGUUCUCUGUGACCAGGGAGCUGCUCAACGUGCCCUCCUCGUCCCUGUCCCCUCCUCUCUUCACCCCUCCCAACCUGCUCUCUCUCUUCUCGCGCUACGUCGACCGACAGAGGCUGGAGCUGCUGCAGGAGAAGUUACAGAUCUCCGCAUUGUCCAGGUAGAGGUGACUACAGACAUCAAGAGAACCUCAGUUGAAGCGUGUGUGCGUGCACUAUUGUACGCAGAGGAGUAGGAUGUCUACUAGGGUUGAUAACCGAUUUUAAUCCAGCAGAAUCUCUUGUCAUUUUUUUCCCUUUGUGUCCAUUAGGUGUGUAUGGGGAUGCGUGUGAGUGAGCGAUGAAAUUCAGAGAGAAUACAAACCUGCUUUUUUUAUUUUUUAUUCUUGUUAACGUUGAUGCCUGUGAUAAAACAUCAAAUUAAAAGUAUUUCUAUUGUA